AUGUUCGGCGACUGCAGCAACUUCCGCAUCGAGACCAUGAUCUUCGAGGUGGUGGACUUUGAGGGAUCGUACCACACCAUCCUUGGGCAUCCAUGCUAUGCCAAAUUCAUGGCGGUCCUCAACUACACCUACCUUAAACUGAAGAUGCCAGGGCCGAACGACAUCAUUAUGGUGAGCGACUCCUUCAAGCAGGCGUACGGCUGCGGUCGUGAGCACUCCGAGCUAGCCACUGCCAUCACCAACUCUGCCGAGCUCCAGAAGCUUCGCCGGACGGUGGAGGAGGGUGCCCCUGACUGCAACGAACCGUCCCAGUCUAGCGCCUUCUACCCGACCGAGGACACCAUGGUGAUCGGGGGUGACCCCAACGACCCAACCAAGACCGUGCAGAUCGGGACCCAACUUCUGACCAAAUAG